AUGGAUGGGAAGAAUGACGAUCUCACUAUGAGAAUUUGUGAUGAACCUGACACUAAACCAUAUUUCGACAAUUCAGAUCCUGUUGAAUGGCUAGCACGACAGGAAGAACUGUCAACAAAGCCAGAUGAUCAAGCUGAACAUAUGGAAGAAGCGUUGGUAAAAGAACGAGCUGCAACACUA